CGGCUCUUAUUUCCGUCGUCUGACCCGGGUUGUGAUAUCGUGCAACGCGUGGUGCUUCAGUGGGCGUUGCGUUGAAAGCACUGAGGCGGGGGCCCAAAGGUGUCGCGGCCACAUCUGCCCCGGCUACUCCAUGCCAGGUUGGAGGCUGCUGGCGCAAGCGGGCGCCCAGUUUCUGGGCUGCAGCACCGGCGGCCUGGCUGCUGCCCCCGGCUUGAGGAGUAGAACAGACAUCUGGCUUUUUGUUAGAAGUCUCCAUGAUAAGAGCCCAACUUGGUGGGAUGAACAUCUUUCUGAAGAAAAUACCUCAUUUGUUAAGAAGUUGGUCUCUGAUGAAGAUAAAGCCCAGUUAGCAAGUAAACUGUGUCCUCUAAAAGAUGAACCAUGGCCUAUAAAUCCUUGGGAACCAGGUUCUUCUAGAGUUGGCCUUAUUGCCCUGAAGCUGGGCAUGAUGCCUUUAUGGACCAAGGAUGGUCAAAAGCAUGCAGUCACAUUACUACAGGUACAAGACUGUCACGUUUUAAAGUACACUUCAAAGGAAAACCAUAAUGGAAAAAUGGCAGCCCUGACUGUAGGAGGCAAAACUGUGUCACGUUUCCGUAAAUCUGAAUCUGUAUUGGAAUUUUACCGAGAACUUGGAUUGCCGCCAAAACAGACAGUUAAAAUCUUUCAUGUAACCGAUAAUGCUGUAAUUAAGCCAGGCACUCCUCUUUAUGCUGCUCACUUUCGUCCAGGACAGUAUGUGGAUGUCACCGCCAAAACUAUUGGUAAAGGCUUUCAGGGCGUCAUGAAAAGAUGGGGAUUUAAAGGCCAGCCUGCUUCUCAUGGUCAGACGAAAACCCAUAGGAGACCUGGAGCUAUCUCAACUGGGGACAUUGCCAGAGUCUGGCCCGGAACCAAGAUGCCUGGAAAAAUGGGAAACAGAUAUAGGACAUCAUUUGGACUGAAAGUCUGGAGAAUAAACACAAAACACAAUGUAAUCUAUGUAAAUGGUUCUGUACCUGGACAUAAAAAUUGCUUAGUAAAGAUCAGAGAUUCUAACUUGCCUGCAUAUAAAGAUUUCAGUAAAAACCUGCCAUUCCCUACAUAUUUUCCUGAUGGAGACGAAGAGGAACUACCAGAAGAUUUGUAUGAUGAAAACGUGUGUCAGCCCAGCGCUCCUUCAAUUACCUUUGCCUAGCGCUGUUGGGUGUAGUCAGCCCAUGCAGAGUCUGUGUGCACUCAUGAGCCACAACAGUAACGUAACCGGAAGUUCCGUUCCCUCUUUAGCACCCACUUUUCAUCCUUGUCAGAAGGCUUAAGUAUAUUCUUUCCCAACUGAAUUUUGUUAGAAAAAUUACCACAUUUAAUAAACCAGUUAAUUAUAGCAUUUGCUAAAAUCAACAGUUUGGAUAUGAGCAAAA